AAGCAACUCAAACAUCAUCCAGCUUCCUUCCCGCUCCAUCUCCGCACUUAAGUUCGCCCGCACAUACGCGAGCGACAUGAUAACAUUGUGGUGGCGCGCGACGUGCACAUGCGCACCCGAGCGUGCGCUCCCGCGCGUUCGCUCCCAAUUUCGCGUGAGCCCUCAAUGUUUUGAAGUAAAGGAUAUCAUCAACCCCCGUGCCGAGGACGAGGAGUUAUUUACGUGUCAUCUGUGUCGUCGGCCGCGCCACAGUCAGCCAGCAGCUGCAGCCAAAAGCCAGUGGAUUCCGCUCGGUGGAUUUGCACAGGCUCUGUGGGGGAGUAAAGAGGAAGAGAUAGAGAGAGAGAGAGUGAGAAAAGGAGAGCCAGGGUGCGCGCGGGGGUGUCAUUUUUGCUACGGGAACACAGGAAAGGCAAAAAUAACCACCAUCCAUAUCCUUCAAGCUCAUUUCCUGCGAGAAACAACUGGCUGUUCCUGUACGAUUCUGACUGUGUGUGGGAUUCUAAUUGGAUUUUAAUUUCAUUUCGCUUACGCCAAAAAGGAAAGAAAAGCCAAACAACGGAGGAAAAGUUUUCAAAUCAUCGACAGUGAAGAACUGGUAGUGUGAAUCCUGCAAGAAAAGCUAGAACAUCGCCAGAAAGAAAAGAAAAAGGAGAAAAACGGACAAGAUACGGAGCGAAAAGGUGGCAAAUUAUGAAACCUGCAUUAUCAGCGGCAUAUGGCACUAGCAUCAAUCGACGUACACUUUCCAGUCCACUCAUCGCACCGGGACAAGUGGCACAUGCAUAAUCAGCCAGCAGGCAUAGGCGAAGAACACUUCCGGUAAAGAAAGCAAAAAAAAUAAUCGGGGAGUCAAAAACCCGAAACCGAACAGUUACGAAACCGGUGAGAAGGAAACGGAGGCGGAGGCGGAGGAGGAGGAGGAGGGCGGAAAGGUGUACGGUCGCUACCAUCCAACCAGCCCCCAUCCCCACCCACUACCAGAAAAAAAGCGAUGAACAUCCGUACGAUAAUAAUGUUCGCGUUGCCCUGGAAACGGUCGUCAACGCUUCUGGUGGUAGAGCUGCUGCUGUCGCUGCUGGCACUUGCCGGGCUGACUGUCCCAUCCUCGGCCAGCUCGAGCGAGGAGACGCUAGACGCCGAAGCGACCGUCGAGUUUGCCGGUGGACCGGUGGCGGCGGAAAUGUUAAAAGCACAUCCGGCCGGUGGCACAUUCACCGUGGACGACGGUUCGCAGCCCGUCUUUCCCGAGCGACCGGAUGCGGUGUACUUUGCGGUGGCGGUAACGGGCGGUGCGAAGCUGUGGGGCCGUACGCUGGCCCGCACGCUAAUCGACAUGGGCCCUCCGUUCGGGCAUCCGCAGGGCCCGCCGCUCCGACCGAUCUACAUCAACCUGCCGGACAGUGGCCGGUUCUCGUCCAAGCUGAUGACGACCGCGUGCGACUCGAUCGACGGCAUGCCGCUGUCCGGGAUGGUGAUCGUGGGCGACAGUCCGGCGGCCAAAUCGUUAGCGCUGGCCGGGAACGCGAUGAAGGUGCCCGUACUGUGGGCAAAGGGAGGCAUUGCUACACUGCACAACUCCUACGAUGAGCUAUCAACCAAAUUACAAGCAAUACUGCAGCCAUCCUCUAGGGAAAUUUUUGAAGCCAUUAGAGCAACCUUUUUACAAGUUCACUGGCAUUCAUACCAUAUUCUGUGCGAUGUCGAUACGUACGUGCUUAUAAGCGGCAAGAAAGGCGCACCGCUGCGCCAGAAGCCGCUCAAUCCAAUUAUAGUAACACUACCAACGAACUUUGAUUUAAUUUACAAAAAACUUGCCUUCAUUUCACGAUCCACCAAGGGCGUGGUGCUGGUCCUGUGCAACCUGAAGGUAGCGCGGCUGAUCAUGGCCGAAGCGCAGCGCAUGAAGAUGCUGAACGGACACUUCGUCUGGCUGUGGAUGGACACGACAUCCGCGACCGAGUUCUACGAUUCGGGCCAACCGUCCUACGAUCCGAAGCAGCAGCAACCGCUGGACGUGGGCCUGGGCGGUCGCAGCGAGCUCGAGACGGACUUUUACGACACGUUCGACCUGCGGCACCAGUCGCACUUGGCCGAUCUCGUCGAGCGUCGCAUGGAGUUUGAGGACUUUGAUCCACGGUUGCGCAAAAACCGAACCCGCUCCUACCUGGACACCGGUCACUCGCAGGCCCGGUUUGGCAGUGCGGCCCUAAUCAAUCCCAAGCAGGAUGGCACGGUGGCCGAGUCGGGCAGCGGCGCAAAGCAGGGGAAAACACGUCGACCAACGAGCAGCAGUAAGGGUGAGAAAGCGCCCAAAACCGGAGCAAGGGGCAAGACGAACAACAACAACUACAACAAUACGGUGGUUAAUGUGGCCCGCCGCACCGAACGGUUCGAUGAGCUGCCAGUGGACUCGGACGAGUUUGAAGACUUUGAGGACGAGCGAGCAUUGCCACUGAGCGCAACGACGACGACGGCGAUGGAGGCAGAGCAGUACCCCACCGCGGAAGGGUCGGAGAUGAAGCUGAAGCGUAGCAGCGAGUACCUGAAACCGCACAACUCUUCCGGCCACGUGCUGUACCAUCACAAUCAGGACUUCCCGGUGGGGUUGCUCGCGCUGCGACCGAUCAAGAUGAAGAUCGAUCGCCAUUUUAUUCGUGCGGCCGUGCGAUUGUUUGCCGCCACCUGGGCAAAGGUCGAGCGGGACGAUACGCCGGCCGCCGGGGCCGGCAAAGGACGUGGUGGACCAUCGGGACGGGAUGGUAGUGCGGGGCCGACGGGCGGUAGUGCCAGCGGACGCGCUGGCAGUGGCACACAGGACCAAACGAAAGGGCCUCCCCAGAGCCAGCGGGAGCGCCAGCAGCGACCGAUGCAGAUGCAGCAGAAACGUUCCGUACCGGGCGGCGACCGGCAGCAACAGGGAGACAAAAUUUUAACAUUACCAGUUAACAGUGCAAAUACUCAACCAAGUGUUCACCAACCUAGUUUAACGGGCCAGCAGCCGGAGGUGGCCGCACCAGUGCACGGAACGAACGAUAUUAUUUCGCCUAUAAGCAAUAGUAGUGCAAAUUUACGUGAUGUCAGUAGUACAAAUAGUUCUAGAGUUAAGCGUCAAAGCACCUGGUGGUCGGCGACCACGAAUCACAAAUACAACACGGACCGAGCUGGCAGCGGCAGUGCAGGAGGAGGAGGAGGAGGCGAUGGACGUGGGCGAAGUCGGGGCGGUGCCACACGCUACAAGGGCGGCUGCAUGGGUACGAUCAAUCGGGUCGAGCUGGCCAAAGCGUUCAACUUUGCGAAGAAUCUACAGCAAAAUGCCCGGCAGGCACUGUCCGGCUUUCCGAUCGCUAGCGGGUUCAUCGAAAAGUCGCUCGUGAGCCAUUUUGAAAUGCUGAACCUCGUGCCGACAGCGAGACAAUCAUCAUCAACACCAAGGGGAGACUACCAUCAUGCGGAUCGAGGAGAAGGAGGAGCAAGAUACACCAACCCAUCGGUUAAUGGAACGGCGCCGAACACGGCUGGAACUGGGAUCACUACCAAAUGGCGUCGCGUGGGCCUCAUUACGGGACGCUCGGUACAUCUCGAUACGAUAAUAUGGCCCGGCGGAGAUGUCACCGUGUCCGGACUGGCCGGCAAAGCGAAAACCAUGUUCCGCGUGGUCGUUUCCGUCGCACCACCGUUCGUGAUGGAAUCGUCCGUCAACGAGGAGGGCCAGUGUUUGCGCGGGCUCAUCUGCUACCAAAUAUACACCACCGGCCGGCACAAUCUUACGCUUAUGUUCAACGAAAUCGAGCGGCGCAAUCGGUUGAGAGAAAUCCAGCCAGCUUCUAGCCUGCACCUGCAGGAGGAGCCGCGCCAGAAGUAUCCACUGUAUCGAACACGAUGCUGUUAUGGCCUGUCGAUGGAUUUGCUGCAGAAGCUGGCCACGGAAAUUAACUUCGAUUUCCAUCUGUACAUCGUGCACGAUGGAUUGUUCGGACGGAGAGUACCACCGCCGCCGGAACCGACAGAACCGCCAACGAACGUUAGGAAACCGGCAGUAGCCACGCACGUGGAAUCACAGUCAAAGUUUGACGCUCAAUCGGGAAGAAGCCUCAAACGAGGCUCCAAGUUGAAGCUCUCACAAGCUGGAAUUAACGCUAGCGCCAGGGAUGAAGGACCUCAGUACCCAUUCGAAGUUCCCGCUGCACCUCCGGUACGCACACGCCAACUGUGGAAUGGCGUUAUUGGUGAUCUUAUCUCCGGAACAGCCGAUCUUUCCUUUGCACCCCUAAGCGUAUCCAAAGCUCGUUCGGAGGUGAUCGAUUUUACGAUACCGUACUUCCACGGCGGCGUUUCCCUGCUGGCAGCACCGGAAGCUGCCACCGAUAUACCGCUGCUAGCGUUUCUACUGCCCUUUUCGCCCGAGCUCUGGAUCGCGAUCUUCACCUCGCUCAACGUAACUGCCGUGGCCGUAGCGAUCUAUGAAUGGUUGAGCCCGUUCGGGCUCAAUCCGUGGGGACGGCAGCGAAGCAAAAACUUUAGCAUGUCAUCGGCUCUCUGGGUAAUGUGGGGUCUGCUCUGUGGACACUUGGUCGCUUUCAAGGCACCGAAAUCGUGGCCCAACAAAUUUCUCAUCAACGUAUGGGGUGGCUUCAGCGUCAUUUUCAUUGCGUCCUACACUGCCAACAUUGCGGCGCUGAUAGCGGGCCUGCUGUUCCACAAUGAGGCGAAAUACUACGAAAUGUCGAUGCUCACCCAACGAGUUGGUUCGCCGAUCGCCACCGCCGCCGAAUCGUACGUUCAGCAGAACGAUAAGCGGCUCUGGGAGCACAUGAAAAAAUAUCAACUCCAAAGUAUCGACGAAGGCAUCGAGCGGUUAAAAAACCGCACCAUCGAUCUGCUGAUGUGUGAUACUCCAAUAUUGGAUUACUACCGUGGUACGGACCAAAGCUGCUCCUUGCAGCGUAUAGGUGAUAAUUAUAUUGAAGAUUCUUACGCGAUAGGAAUGUCCAAAGGGUUCCCGCUGAAGAAGACCAUGUCCGCACUGAUCUCGAAGUACUCGCACGACGGCUACCUGGACAUACUGACCGCCAAAUGGUACGGCGAUCUGCCGUGCUUCAAGCUAGAUCGCGAAAUGGCCCAGCCGAAACCGCUCGGUGUGACGGCGGUCGCCGGUGUCUUCCUGCUGCUCGGCGUCGGUAUGGUGCUCGGCGUACUGAUACUGAUCAUCGAGCACGUGUUCUACAAGUACACUCUGCCGAUACUGCGCCACCAGCCGAAGGACACGAUCUGGAAGAGCCGCAACAUCAUGUUCUUCAGCCAGAAGCUGUAUCGGUUUAUCAACUGCGUUGAGCUGGUAUCGCCCCACCAUGCAGCCAAGGAGCUGGUGCACACGAUCCGCCAGGGCCAGAUCACGAGCCUGUUCCAGAAGAGCGUCAAACGGAAGGAGGAUGAGCAGAGACGCCGCCGCAAGAGCAAAGCCCAGUUCUUCGAGAUGAUCCAGGAAAUACGCAGAAACAUCAAACUCGACAGGGUGCAGUUAGACACGGACGUGGACGCAUCACUGUCGGCUACUUCGGAGAGCACCUCGCAAGCGCUUCUACCCGAGGUCCAUCCAGCCGGAUCGCGCCUGUCAGCGUCAGCCUCCGCGAGCCGACGGGCCAGCCCGGGCCGGCUUUCGAGGGCCGGGUUCGGGUUUGGCCGAUCGCGCCAGGACGGUGGCAGCAAGAGCUCGUCCUUCUCUUCGUCGCUCAACGUGCGGCGCUUCAGCACGGACAGUAUCAUCAGCGAGCGGCUCGGGACGAUCGGUCGCCGGUUGAGCCGUGAUGCGGCCACCAGUUCACCGCCCGACCUGUCCCAUCACUUCGAGACGUUUGGCAAGGGUGCCGCCAGCGCCGCCGGUUCGGCGGAACCAGGCUCGAGCUCCAAGUUCGACACGUACUCGGGUAAGAACAACAGCAGGGAAAGUGUGUCCGUGUUCAAGUGUGACACGUUCAACGGCAAACUAACAGCGGCCACCGGCGGGCUAGACACGGUGGACGCCGGGUCAGGCGACACCGUCGGGACCGAGGGGCGUGUGAAACCGGAUGGUGAGGAGAAACCGAUCCUGCCGGUCAAGACCAAAAAGCGCUCCCGCCGCUCACCGCUGAACCUGGAGCUGUACGAAUCGAGCCGCAGGCGGCUCAUUCCCAUCAACGAGCGGGUAGCGCACGGACUGGCGCCACCCUUUCUCGAGGCGGACACGGGCAGCGCGAUGCUGAGGGACAAGCUGCACGAAGAACUGCGGCUAAAGUAUGGCCAGACGCGAUGGAAAGGUGCGGACGUGGAGGAGGCAAUAGUGGCCGUACCGGCCGAAGUGGGGAACCACAGUACCGGCAGUAAACCGAAGCGGCCCAGCCGUCGUACAUAAUAGGCCGGAAUGGGGAAGUAAGAAGUAAACACCAAACUCUAACAUAACCGUAUAGGCAUCCUUAUAGCGCUUGGAGCGAGCACCGUUUAGAACGGUUGCCGGAACUCCAGCUAUCCAGCUAAUCGAAUGUAGCGACUGUAGUUGGUAUCAAAACAGUGAUACGAACCUUCCAAACAAAACUUUAGCACCUGAUAACAAGGAACCUGAAAUGGGAUUUUUAUGUGCGUGAAGAUGCAGGCGGGAGUGUGCAGAUGGAGGGGAAUAUGUGGAAGUUCUCCGUUUUCUAAGAAGACACACACACACGCGGGGUAAAGGUAUCUAAAUCGUCGAGCGGCGACGACAAGCAAAGUCGUCACUCAAACCGGCGUCAGAAAUCAAACAAACUGUAGCAGCUACUGCCGGUUUUAACAAAUGCGUACGUAUCCUACUCAGUGAUUGAUCGUUAUCUAUUAACGAAUGAUAUUUAGAACUCUGUUUUAUCGUUUGCCUACUCAUGGCACACCCAGGCGUUUGGUCCUUCCAGUUAAAGUCAGAAGACAAGCAGAAGGUAACUAGACAAGCAAAGCCAAAAUCGAAUCAUUCAACCGAGCGGCCUGGAGUGUUAUGAACAUUACUUCUAUCUGUCAAUGACAGUAUUUAUCUGUGUCUCUAGGAGUGCCUACUUUAGUAUAAAUAUCGUUAGCUAGCCUUCUCCCUUGUGUUCAGUGGACGUUAGGUUUUCUACGACGGUAUUGCUCGCUCUCCCUCGAUACCUUCAAUUCCCCAUCCGACUGGGGAAGUGAUGGGGGGGAGGGAUGGAGUGGGAGAUUUUGUAGUACUAAAAGUGGAAUGAUUUAUCUCGACCUAAUAUAUAUACAUAUAUAGUAAAUUGAUGUCUUCUGUAGUGGCUUGGGUACUAAGAGAUACUAAAAGGUACUAAGAAUACAAGGAAGUGUGAAUGAACGAACGUGUGUGAAUCUGAUGAGCGAAUGCGUGGAUGUGCGUGUUUGUGUGUGAAGAUGUAACGAAAGUACGCAAAAAGAAGCCCCGAGAAGUUUUACCUGAACUUUUACUGAAAUAUGGUUGAAUUUGAGCUGCGUUUUGGUACAUUCUUCAUUUGCCAAUUUGCCAUAUUUUUGUGCGAGGAGAAAGGUGCUUAAAACUAAGGUUAUACAUAGAACAUGUGUGGUCCAACUUCAAAAAGCAAUUGCAACUUGUUCUCUCUACCGUAUUUACUUCUAUUGUGAAGCAGCAUGGCUACGUAAAACGAACGUAAACGGCCCCCGUUUGACUAUUAUUAUAGGAAGUAUGUAUGCGCCACUGGCAGACGAUUUUCCGGCAAUGACACAACGAGAUGAGCUGAUAUCAUUUCGUUGAUGGAUAUGUUUGGCUUAUGAUCAUGCAGAAGAAUCUCUUACACUGUAAAGAUCAUAAGCUAAGUAGCACACUUCAAACCUACAUAAGCUAUCUCUUAUUAUCCUCAAAACAACGUUUCGCGCUCUUAGGCUUGAGAAGCCGUAGCUAAACCGAAGUGAAGGAAAAUAAAAAUUGAUAAAAAAGGGAAUAAAGAAGGAAUGGGGAAAUACAUAGACUUGAAACAAAACGAAGCAAAAGUACACUAACAUCAAGAACAUGGUCUGAAUUAUAAGUUCUACGAUAUUAGGUAAAUCAAAGACAAAUGGAAAACACAAAACAAAUAACAAUAUUGUAUUUAAACUUAAGGUAGCUUUAAGGUGAACCAAAAGUGUAGGAGAGAAAACUCAAACAAAACGACAGCAAAACGAAUAACAGCAAAACUAUUACUACGAAAAUUGUAAAGCAUGCACACACACUCUGUGCCACUCUCGGUGUCAUGUAGACUAGUAGCAUUCAACUUGUUAGCCGUUCCUAUCGAAUGGGUGUGUUGUUCCAGUGUGAUGAUGAGUGUGACGACCAGACAUCAGCAGCAGUUUGCAGACAAACAAACACUACAAGCACACAUACAAGCAAAACUAGGGAAUGUUACAGAAACAAAAAAGUGAAUACAAACGAAACACGAAACACGUAAAAGAGUGCAUAGUACGACCGUAACAAAAUCAGAUCUAUUUUAUUAGCAUUGAGUUUCUUCUCAAGCGUUAGUGUGCGAUGUGUGAGAAAAGAAUGGAAGUUGAUAAAAAUCGAUGCAUGAGUUACGUUAGAAAAGGCUACCGAAGUAAACAGACACAAAGUUGGACGAUAAAGUAGAUCUUAAUUACACAGUUUUCACGUGAAAAACAGAAAACUGUGUUUUUUUAAACCAAAUCUUGGGUAAUGAUCGUAAAUAAAACUCUUAAAAUAAGAGACAAACAAAACCGAAACAAAAGAAUAAGAAAGAAGAACAGGACAUCUCUAAACGCCAAAUAUAGUAAUUAGAACAACAAAGAACAAAAAAAAAAACAACAAAAUAUAGUAUCGUCUAUUUAAAAGUAGCAGUAAUUUGAGAAAGAACAAGAGGGAGAGAUAGAAAGAGAAACGACAUACAGAGAGAGAAAAUAGAGAGAAAGAUAGAGAGAGAGAGAAACAGAAAGAGAACAAACAAUAUGUGAACGUUGAAUGCAACAUGAAUGAUAUUUGUUUUGUUGAUAUUUUCGAUCGAAUGAAGCAAAGUUAAGGAAAAAAUUGAUGAAAAACAAAACGCAUUCGCGAAAGUGAAAUGAGAGAGGUUAAAAUGAAGUAAACAUAAAAAAAAACUAUCAACUCCAGCACUACCACAAUAGAGUAAUAAGUAGAGAAAUUGGGAUAAAAAGACUAGAAGAAACAGCGAUAUAGCGUUCUAGGGGUUACACACAUACUACAUAAACUUUACACAGACAAACAGAGAGACGACACAUGCACACAUGCACACACAAUUACAACCACACUUACACAUACACACAUGUGCACAUGUGGAGUGAUGGAAAUCUUAUGAUAUAAACAAUCUUAUUUCCUUUGCGGCACAUAAACCCCCCCCCUUUACCUCCAAACAGUAGAGUUUGUGUAUCAUCAUUUGAUCCCGUUUGAGUGCCGGCAAAGAAGAGAACCUCCACCAUUAGAUGGGAAGGUGUGUGAGCGCUACUGGAAGGAUUUUUGGCAACGAAAUUGUACGUUUGAAAAAUUAGUUGAAUGUAGCCCUAUACGUGAAGGUAGAAGAGGUAUAUUAGAGGAAUAGUUAAUUUCCACACAAGGUUCCUUGGUAUACUUAUUAGAGCAGCAUUGCGGUGCGCAGGUUUUACUUUUCUAAACUAUACUUUAACGGCUGUUUUGAAAACAGUCAAACCUAUAAGUGCCAAGGCCAAAGUGUCGAAUUUUUUUUCCCACUUUCAAAUUAUUCUACAAUCGGUACAACACUGGGUACGCCGCCUUCGAAUCCUUCCAGUAGGCGUUUCAGCACUAGUACCAGAAAUUAGAAGAUGAAGAAGAAAAAACUACAAAAAAUGUCUGUUUCCCCCCCUUUUUAAUGGAGAAAGAGAAGAAGAAAGAGAGAUUUGGUGAGUGCACCGGUAUUUUAAAGCACAACCGAAACGAUAUUUACUUAACAGCUCGCACAAGAUUAGUAGUGAAACGAUGUUAGUCAAAUUGUUUAGCCCUCCUCUCCUGUCGGAAUGAACGUUAGAUAGUGCGUGAGUUAGGCGGACGGGAGGAAAAGUUAGUUACAAGAAGUUUGAAAGAGUUUGCAAAUAAAACAAAAAAACCCAAAACAGUACGAAGUUUUCAAAUCGUUCCCGCCCCCCCUCGAAAGACGCUGUUGCGGGGCUUUGUUGUGUUUUGCGUUUUAGCACAGAUAUUCUCUUGAUACUUGUUCUAGAUGAAAAUGCACAUAAAACAGUAAAUGAAGAAAAAAAUUAUCAAUAAAAAACUAAUAAAAAGAAGUAAUUGCAAGUCUCUUGCCACAAAUCCAAACACAUAGAGCAGAAGAAGAAAAAAAUCGGCGAGAGAGAUAGUGUUCUAUUUACUACCAUCACCACCACCAACCGACACCACUCAUGUGAAACUAAAGUUUUCCUAUUCGAUUGCCAUCAGAUUUGCUAUCUGAGCGGAUAGAGAUGAGAAUAAAUUGCACUUUAAACUACACUCACUUCACUUCACAUACUCAUUCACAAACACAAACAAUACCACACCACCACCAGGACACGAGGGAUUCAUUCACGGAAAAAAAACUUAUACAGAAAAAUCCAUAGUAACAGAAGCAAAGCUAUAUAUAUUUGUAGAUAAGAAACUGUUAUCUUACCAAAUAAAAUCGGAAACGUCCAUUGCAGAAUCGCCA